ACAUUCCCCUCCCACGCGCCGGACGUCCUUUAAAUGCUCGCGCUGUGCUUUAAAUAGCAGGUGCGAGAAACUGUGUCCCUGCGUACACCCUUCAGACACCACCACCCCCAUCAUCAUCGCCAUCACCGCCGCAAUGUCCACCGCCAGCGCCGAGACCACCGCGCAGCUGCCGCCGGCCGCGGGCAGGGUGUUCUUUCAGCCCGGCGUGGGCUGCGCCGGCUCCGGACCGAUGCAGCGCGAUGACCCGGUGCCGAAAAAACAGGGCAAAGUGACGGUGAAGUACGACAGAAAAGAGCUGCGGAAGAGACUCAUACUGGAGGAAUGGAUCAUUGAACAGCUGAGCGAACUUUACGACUGCGAGGAAGAGGAAAUGCCAGAGGUGGAGAUAGACAUUGAUGAUCUCCUGGAGGUGAACAGUGAAGACGAGAGAGCCAUAAAACUACAGGAAUCACUGUCAGACUGCUACAAGCCCACUGAUGACUUUGUGCGUGAGCUCCUCGGCAGGAUAAGAGGAAUGAGAAAACUCAGUGCUCCGCAGAAGAAAAGCUUUUAAGUGCUCGACAAUGCCAACGACAAUCCAGCUACCUGGACUACAGGUCCCACAAUCCAUCACUCAGCGUAGAGUCGACCUCAUACAGCCCUCAAGGACUCCCUAUCCCAGGAUUCAUGUCUGGCCCAGAAUCAAUAUACUAGAGUUCAUUUUCCAAGGACCCUGACUUUGUUCAGUACACUUAAAUUGAGUCAUCCAUUUCCCAUAGAUAACACAAUAAAUCCAAGAGUGCAAAUUUCAUCCGGGACAUAAUCAAACAAUCUCAGCAGCAGCUGCGCGGGACAGUCUGAUGUUCCUGUCCUCAGCCUCUCAAUGGGUCACAUUAUUACACUGUUUGGUGCAGUAUUACAGCUAUUUUAUGAACCACGACUGACUACAAAGCUAUUGUAUAUAGCCUAUUGAAUUUCUUUUCCCCAAAUAACUGUCUUUAGUCUUUUUCCAAUCAUCUGAUCCUGGAUCAGCAGUGAUAGUCACCAAUAUCUGUCUAGUUAAAUUUCAUAAAUUUGCACAACAGUCAUUCUUCCCUAGAAUCUGUACUUCAGCAAAGCAUAAUGGAAUAUUUAGGGUCAUGAAUAAUAAUUGGCCAGAAUAAAUAUUGGUCUGUCAUAUGACCAUCAUAAUUCUGUUUUUUUUUUUUCAUAGCAAUGUUAAUCUUUCAAGAAUAUUGAACUGUUCUUGAAAGGUCUGUGGCUAAAAUAACUACUUUCAUAAAGUGAACAUAAUUGUGGUAUGAUAAAAGUUCAAAGAUUUUGGGUUGGAUGUGAUGACAGAAAGUAAAGAAAUAAGGCUAUAUUCGGAAUUAAAGGAAUAGUUCACCCAAAAAGGGAAAAUGUUCUUAAAAUGUACUCAUCCU